ACUAUCACAUUUUCUGUAGCUAUUAUUCAUUUCAUCACAGCAAGAUACAAAUUCACCGUUGACAGUGUCCACGACAUAAGUCCGAAGUGGGUAGAUUACUUCCCGCCACCUUCAACACUUGACUGCACAGCUUAUCUAGAAGGAGAGCAGGAAAAGAUCAGACAAGCGUUGGUGAUACAAAAGUCGUAUAUAUACCCCUUUAUAUCUGACGACAAAUUUGUGGUGUUAACAAAGGAUUGCGAUAGGUACAAGAGACUUAAAGGAUAUUUUACAAAUUCAAGCAAGGAAGAAAAGGAAUUCCCAAUUGCUUUCAGUAUAUUGCUGUACAAAGAGGCGGAGCAAGCAGAAAAGCUUUUGCAGGCCAUAUACCGCCCUCAGAACUUGUACUGCCUUCACAUUGAUAGGAAUUCCCCUUCACCCGUCCACACCGCUAUGGCAGCCAUUGCGAAAUGUUUUGAUAAUGUAUUCAUUGUUUCAAAAUCGGAGAAAGUCGUUUACGCUGGAUUUUCAAGACUUAAAGCCGAUAUUAACUGUAUGGAGGACUUAGUGGUCAAAAGUACAUCGUGGAAAUAUUUUCUGAAUUUACCCAGUCAAGCAUUUCCAUUAAAAACAAAUGCAGAACUAGUGAAAAUAUUAAAAAUCUACAAUGGAAGUAAUGACAUUGAAGGCAUUACUGGUGAUCGAAUGUUGGCGAAUCGUUAUCGUUACAAACACAUACUUGUGAAAGCUUCCGAAGGUGCCCGACUUCAUUUAGAGAAAACAGAGAAGUUGAAAGAAAGACCACCCCAUAACAUCACCAUUGUAAAGGGGAGCGCUUAUGGUGUAUUCUCUAGAGCUUUCGUGGAGUUUCUCCUUACGGAUAAGUUUGCUGUCGACUUGCUGAAGUGGUGUGAGGAUAUUUACAGCCCAGACGAGUACUUCUGGGCCACAUUGCACCAUCAAGGCUUCUAUGGCACGUUACGUCCUCCUGGAGGAUACUCUGGUGAGCCGGACAAGAAGUUGUGGUUAGCGAUGUACGCCUCCUGGUCGCAGCCGUGCCACGGUAGGUUUGUCCGAGGAGUGUGCGUUUUUGGCCUGGGAGACAUCGCCAGACUAACAUCCCGGAAGGAAUUGUUUGCAAAUAAAUUCUACCUCCAGUUUCACCCGUUUGCUUUGCACUGCAUGGCAGAUUGGAUAAGGAAUAAAAGCUUGUCAAACGUGCCUUCCGAUCUGUAUUAUUACAGGCAGCUCUCCUUCAUCAAUGCUGGAAAAGAUUCAGUGAAAAAUAUCUUAACAUGACAAAGACUAGAAUUUCCUUGAUAAGCCCAUCAACCCGUUAGACAAAUUAAUGAAAAAUUAGCCAUCUGGUAAUUAAGAAAACCUUAUCAUUUCCUUACCCUUAUGCUUAAGUCUCCAGUUCCCAUUUCUAAAAGACAAACACAGACAA